AUGGUGGGGAAAAGAAACCCCGACGCCAACGGGGAAGCCGGCUGCUUUGGCGGACAGGGCUUCUGUCCCCUCAGGUCUGCUCCGCCCUUCAACUCGCUGCUGGCUGCCUGCCUUCUCUCGGUGGGAUCCAUAGCUUCCUGCGUCUAUCUGGGGAUGAAGACCAACGACCUUCAGGCGAGGGUCUUUGCCAUUGAGACAGCGCAAGGGGACAUGGGUGCCGCUGCUCUUGCUGGGUCCUACCAGACGCUGCCCAGCUAUUCUUUGGAUCAGCUGAAUUCCCUGAUGCAGGAAAAAGUGGAGCAACUUCUGGCUCAGAAGACCUAUGAACAUAUGGCAAAAAUCAGGACAGUAAGAGAAGCUUCUUUGGACUGCAACUGCCCACCAGGUCCUCCUGGUAAACGAGGUAAACGAGGAAGAAGAGGAGAGACUGGACCUCCCGGUCAACCUGGUCCUCAAGGUCCACCUGGUCCAAAAGGUGAGAAGGGAGAUCAAGGUGAUCAGGGCCCUCGGAUGGUGUUUCCUAAAAUCAAUCAUGGGUUUCUCUCUGCUGAUCAGCAGCUCAUUAAACGCCGCCUCAUUAAGGGUGAUCAAGGGCAAGUUGGACCUCCUGGACCUCCUGGACCCCCUGGACCAAGAGGGCCUCCUGGAGAUACUGGCAAAGAUGGGCCACGAGGAAUGCCUGGGGUGCCGGGAGAACCUGGAAAACCAGGUGAACAAGGAUUGGUGGGACCUCAGGGACCUCCGGGACAAAAGGGCUCAUUUGGUGCACCUGGUAUCCCAGGAACAGAUGGACAACAGGGAGAACCUGGUGCAAUGGGAGAAAGAGGAGUCUCUGGGCUUAAGGGUGAUCCUGGACAACGGGGAGAAAAGGGUGAUGCUGGAGAAUUUGGUCCCAAAGGUCACCCUGGAGAAAAGGGUGAUCCUGGAUCUUCUGCUGCGGGAAUUAAGGGGGAACCUGGACAAUCGGGUAGACCAGGACAAAAGGGUGAACCUGGACUACCUGGACUUCCUGGGUUACCUGGAAUUAAGGGUGAACCGGGUUUCCUAGGUCCACAGGGAGAACCUGGAUUGCCAGGAUUGCCAGGAACAAAGGGUGAAAGAGGAGAAGUAGGAGCUCCUGGGAAAGGUGAACGAGGUGAGCCUGGAGCUCCAGGGCUAAAGGGGAGGUCAGGUGAAUCUGGAACUAGAGGCCCUAAAGGGUCAAAGGGUGAUCCAGGAAAUAACGGUGAUUUGGGAGCAGUGGGACCAAGGGGUCCACCUGGAGAAAAAGGUGACCAAGGUGCCACAGAAAUCAUUGACUUCAAUGGAAAUAUCCAUGAAGCUUUACAGAGGAUUACCACCUUAACUGUCACGGGUCCUCCAGGCCCACCUGGACUCCAAGGAUUGCAAGGAUCAAAGGGUGAACCUGGAUCACCAGGAUUAUCUGGUGCUGAUGGGGAGCAGGGACCCAAAGGUUCAAAGGGUGAUCUGGGUGACCCAGGAAUACCAGGAGAAAAAGGAGGUAUUGGACUUCCAGGUUUGCCAGGAUCCAAUGGAAUGAAAGGAGAAAAAGGAGAUGUUGGAUUACCAGGUUCUCAAGGUCCCUCUCUCAUAGGACCUCCAGGUUCUCCUGGUCCACAUGGUCCACCAGGACCUAUGGGACCUCAUGGACUCCCUGGGCCAAAGGGUAUGGAUGGUCCCAUUGGUCCACAUGGUCCUGCAGGUCCAAAGGGAGACAGAGGUGAAAAAGGAAUUGCAGGAGAUCCUGGGCCCAGAGGACCGUAUGGUUUGCCUGGCAAAGAUGGUGAACCUGGCCUUGAUGGAUUCCCUGGUCCACGUGGAGAAAAGGGUGAUGUAGGAGAAAAGGGAGAAAAGGGAUUCCGUGGAAUUAAGGGGGAAAAAGGGGAGCCAGGCCAACCUGGUCUGGAUGGGCUGGAUGCCCCUUGCCAAUUGGGGCCAGAUGGGUUACCAAUGCCCGGUUGCUGGCAAAAGGUUGAUGGAAAAGAAUUUCCAUCUGUGCAGUCUGUGUAG